GUGUAAAGGAUUGCCUGUUGUCAAAUCAAAAGUGAAAAUUCGUGAUUACAAUUUUCCGCCAGAAAAUACAAAGAAAACGGCAUUUUCGCGAAACAAAGUACAUAAACAAGGGUAAUGGCUAGUGAGAGCAGCUCAGCGGUGUUGGACCUCAACGAUGGAGAUGCUACGGAAGACACAGAGCCGCCGAGUGCCACCGACGAUGACGGAGACCCUUUGAUCAUGGAACAUGGUUACGACAUCGCUGUGAAGGUGGACGCCCCGUUAAAACAGAUGUCUACGCUGGAAACGUACGUGACGUACCGCGUGCGCUGCGUAUGCGCAAGAUGGCCGUCCCCUAAAUAUGUGCGGCGGAGAUACAAUCAUUUCAGGGCCCUCCACAAGCGUCUGUCGUCGUCUCACCCUUUAAUAGCGACUCCGCCAUUACCCCCCCUACAUUCGGCCAGACAACAGCUAGACCGAUACUGUCCCGCGUUCGUAUGCGUCCGUACGAUGGCAUUACACGCAUUCCUGGAUCGAGUGGCAAAGCACCCUAUACUGACACACAGCGAAGAUCUACGCGUAUUCCUCACCACCCCGGACGAAGACCCGGAGAAGUUGCUCAAAUCUGACGGAGGCCUCGCCUUAUGGGGCUUGUCUGCCUUCACGGGGGACAGGCCUGCCAACGGACCCAGGGUAAAAGACCCAGAGUUCACCAGUGCGGCGGAAUACCUCACUUCCCUGCAACAGAAGCUGACCGCAUUAUGUGCGCUUACAGUCGCCCUACAUAAGGGCGAAGCCGCCACCGGCAAUGAGUUGAUGGGAAUGAAACGCGUUUGCGACGCGUGGGCGAGUCAAGCGGGGGGCUUAGCAGGCAAAGGGGCGGGGGCUCUAGGGACCGGGGCCGGGGUAGCUUCCCAGGCCCGAGGGGGGGGCACUAAAGGGGGAGCCAAUGGUAAAGUGGCCGCGCUCAGGGCUCGAGCCACGCUGCCCUUACUGGCGGCAUACGCGCAAGCACAUGUCGAUAAGAUUAGACAGAGGGACGCUAUGCAUGCUACUUACGUUUCCGGUUCUAACGCCACGGGAGAGUUACAUAACAGGUUAGAACAGGCGUCAGAAGCGCUACGUUCAGAAUUGUCAGAUUGGAUACCAAAGACCCGUUCCGAAAUCAAAUCGUUACUCUUAGAAAUAGCUGAACACCAGGUCAGUGUUCACAAGCAAACCUUGAUGGGGUGGGAGCACGCUUUAAAACUAUCGACAGAGGCCGAUGUAGGAGAAUUGUUCAAAACUGUAUCAAAAAAUGCCGUCCAAAACCUUUCGCCUUCAAAGUAUAACGCGAAUUUAUCGGAAACUGAGAGAGAUUUUGAUGAUUUGGACAGUAACAGUUCAGCUGAUUUGUCCAAAGACCACGAUUUAGAUGUAGCCAAUCUUAAAUUAGACGCUGGAAGCAGUAAAGGCACUGAUAGUCCUGAAAAUUACGAAGUCGUCAAGGAGAACAGCGAAGUUUUUGAUAAUAUCGAAGCGUUGGGUGAUAAGAAAAGUUCUACUGAAAGCUAUGAAGUUGUCAAAGAUGUCGCCAAUGUUAAUGGUGAAGUCUGCAAAGUGCGGUUGAAAUCGGAAGACGAAGUGAGAUCGGAUCCUUUGACAGAUUUCUCGGAGGUGGAUCUCUCGUCAUGAUUAUAUGACAACUUGUUUGUGAACAUUUUGAGAGAGUUUUGAGUUGUUGUUUUUAUUUAUUUUUUAUUUGAUUUACAGAUGAUUUUUUUGGUUAAACAGUUUAUUCUAAACUCGUCAAAUUGUAAAAAAAAUAUUGAGUUGAUUUACAGAUGAUUUUUUUGGUUAAACAGAUUAUUCUAAACUCGUCAAAUUAUAAAAAAUAUUG